UAUGCUUUUGCUUACCAAUGCAAACAUCCUGAUGCACUUUGGAGCUGCACACAGAUCAAGAUACUAUAUUUCCCACUUUCAGCAUUUGUCAAAAAGUUAUUUUUUUCCUCCAACGAAAGACAUAAUGAUAAAAAUUUGCCAGGUGUUUCUAAUUCUCAUUGUGGCUGAGGUGAACAACCGAGGUUGUGAAGCCAGCAUUUUUCUCUCCUCUAAAUCUGCCCAGUCCAUUCUUUCAAGGACCAGAAGGUACAACACAGGGCUGUUUGAGGAACUGAAGCCAGGAAAUCUGGAGAGAGAGUGCCUUGAGGAGAGAUGCACCUUUGAGGAGGCCAGAGAAAUCUUCGAGGACAAAGGCAAAGCACUAGACUUCUGGUAUCGCUAUGUUGAUGGAGAUCAGUGCCAGUCAUCACCAUGUCACAAUGGUGGCAGCUGUAAAGAUGACAUUGCAUCUUAUAUAUGUUGGUGUCCUACUGGAUAUCAAGGGAAAAACUGUGAACUAGAGAAUAUUAAAAGGUGCAAUUUGGACAAUGGAGGUUGCAUGCAUUUCUGCACCGCUGUUUCCCAGACACAAGUCAAUUGCUCUUGUGCCAUGGGUUACAAACUUGAGGAGGAUGGGAAGACAUGCACAUCUGAAGUUCCAUUUCCCUGUGGGAGACUAGGGGAGACCGUGAGUAAACGUCUCAAUGUGCGGACACUAAUCGACGAGGAAGAAAUUAGCCCGGGUAAUAACUCUUUGGCCUUUGAGCUAGUAAACAGUACAAACAGCAGCCUACUCCAAGCCACAAGUGAGCCACAAGUCAACGAAGACGACCGCAUUGUAGGUGGGACCAGCUGUGCUCAUGGAGAAAUCCCUUGGCAGGUUGCCAUAAUCAAUAAAAACACUGGGGAGUGUUUCUGUGGAGGUUCUAUUAUCAAUGAAAAUUGGAUUGUGACAGCAGCUCACUGCUUUGUAAAGAUAGUCCCCACCGAAAUUGCAGUGGGGGAAACUGACCUCAGCAAGAAGGAAGGAACAGAAAGCCGGUAUGACAUCCAGCAGGUUUUCCUUCAUCCUCGCUAUAAUUACACUAGAAGCCGUUACAAUAGUGACAUAGCCUUGUUGUACCUCAAGAAACCUAUUUUAUUCACUGAGUUUGUUGUGCCCAUUUGUCUGGGGCCCAAAGACUUCACGGAAAAUCUGAUGCAGUCAGGCUACAUGGCACAGGUGAGUGGCUGGGGACGUCUCAUUCAAGGAGGCCGGCAGUCCUCAGUCCUCCAGAAAGUAGAGGUACCUUAUGUUGAUCGCUUAGCCUGCAAGGUCUCAAGCAAUGAAGAGAUUCUAAGCACCAUGUUCUGUGCCGGUUUUGCUGAUGAAAGGAAGGAUGCAUGUCAAGGAGACAGUGGCGGGCCGCACACCACCAAGUACAAGGAUACACAUUUCCUGACUGGUAUCGUCAGCUGGGGAGAGGGAUGUGCUGUCCAUGGAAAGUACGGGAUCUACACACGAGUGUCCCGUUUCUACAACUGGAUUAGCAGCACUACCAAGAAAUAAAGACUCUGUUCUUCAACACUUCUCCUCAAAAAAACAAAAGUUCCCAAAGAAAAUGUGACUCCCUGCUUUAAAGCAGCUGUCAUUUGUUUUUUCUUUUUUUUCAACUGAAAUUUAUGAAUAAAUCUGAUUAAAUUGCAUUUUUCCCACUAA